GGUGUGGGUGUGUGUUGUUUGUUUGGUACGUGGGUAUGGGUCCCUCUCCCUGAAACCAAAACCCUAGAGGAUCUUUCUCUUUUCUAACUGGCACUGAAAAGAAGAAGAAGAGGCGAAAUCCAAAUUCUAUAGGAAGAGGAAGAAGAAGAAGGGGUAUGAGGAGUGAGUGAGUGAGUGAGUUAACAUUGAUUGAAUCAUCAUCCAUUUUUGGAUUCAAACAAGUGAGCGUUGUGGUAAUCGAAGGAGGAGGAUGUACAAAGAGCGCGGUGUUUCCGCCUCCAAAUCGGAGGAUCGGAAGCGAAUCAACGACGUUCUCGACAAGCAGCUCGAGCGAUCUUCUCCCUCCACUUCCAAGCCCAUCAUCAACAACGGCAAAGAUAGCACCAGAGACAACGACCCUCGUUCCGCUUCCGCCUCCAAAACCUCCAAUCUCUCUGAGGAAUCUGAAACGGACAGUGAAGAGUCAGAUGUUAGUGGUUCUGACGGAGAUGACACAUCUUGGAUCUCUUGGUUCUGCAAUCUGAGAGGAAAUGAAUUCUUCUGUGAGGUUGAUGAUGAUUACAUCCAAGAUGACUUCAACCUAUGUGGAUUAAGCAGCCAAGUGCCAUACUAUGAUUAUGCUCUUGAUUUAAUUUUGGAUGUUGAAUCCUCUCAUGGUGACAUGUUCACAGAGGAACAGAAUGAGUUAAUUGAAUCAGCAGCAGAGAUGCUUUAUGGCCUGAUUCAUGCUCGAUAUGUAUUGACAAGCAAAGGAAUGACUGCCAUGCUGGACAAGUACAAGAAUUAUGAUUUUGGCAGAUGCCCAAGAGUUUACUGCUCUGGACAACCCUGCCUCCCUGUUGGCCAGUCAGAUAUUCCUAGGUCAAGUACUGUGAAAAUAUACUGCCCUAGGUGUGAAGAUCUUUACUAUCCUCGGUCCAAGUAUCAAGACAUUGAUGGAGCUUAUUUUGGAACAACAUUUCCGCACCUCUUCCUGAUGACUUAUGGACAACUGAAGCCACAGAAACCAUCACAGGGCUAUGUUCCAAGAGUGUUUGGGUUCAAAAUUCACAAGCCUUGAAGCUGAAGUUUAAGCUAUCAGGAAAGUAGGAGGCUGCCCAUGUUCCAUUUAACUCUUCCUGUUGUACUCCUUGCAACAUACAGCGGUUCAUAAGCUUUCCAAACCAGCACACUCUAGCCAUCCCUUUUACUUGUUGUAAGAGCGUGUUGUAAAGAAAUAUGCAGACAUGUGAAGCAAGAGCUUAGUUUCACUCUCGGCUUCAAAUUCAAAGAGCAAGUGCUUAGGUACAUGACACUUUUUAAUGUCUUAUCAAAAAUUGUAUUCAUGAAACUUAAUGUUGUCUUAUGUUCAGAUUACAUAUCUAUUUUCCAUUUUAAUCCUUUACCUCCCAUUUGUGUAGCCUCUGAAUUUGUGAAUUUGAUCUCAAAGGAUUCGUACUUUUUGCUGAUUC